CUAAUAUGCCCGAAUCUGCAUCAGGUGAUGGGAACCCUUAAGACUUUAGUCAGAAAUCAUUUGAAACAGGUCAUUUGCUUAAUCAGUCAACAAUCAUUGUUGCCUUAAGGCAGCGACAGACCCGCCACUGCAACUAGCUUCAUUCCAACUACUUUUGAGAUAGUCACAUCCGCAAGCUGAAUCCCCAAAGGACCUUUAUGCAACUUAGCUAUUCUUACCUUCCAUACGACCACCAAGAUGAAUCGCCUUUUUGGAGCUAAGAGCAACGCUCCCAAACCCACUCUUGACGGGGCUAUCGCAAAUGUGGACAACCGUGUUGCGAGUAUAGACAUCAAAUUGGCAGCCCUCAAUUCAGAACUCUCCACCUAUCAAUCAAAAAUCGCCAAGAUGCGCGAUGGACCUGGCAAAAAUGCACUCCGACAAAAGGCUCUCAAAGUGCUGCAGCGCCGGAAGCAAUACGAAGCCCAACGGGAUCAGCUAUCCCAACAAUCAUGGAAUAUGGAACAAGCCGGAAUGAUGCAAGAUAACUUGAAGAACGUGAUGACAACCGUGGACGCAAUGAAGUCGACCACCAAGACCCUCAAGAAGCAAUACGGCAAGAUCGACGUGGACCAGAUUGAGCGGAUGCAGGAUGAGAUGGCUGAUUUGAUGGAUAUUGGGAACGAGAUCCAGGAAAGUAUAUCGCGUGCGUACGACAUCCCUGAAGACGUGGACGAAGCGGAGCUUGAUGCGGAAUUGGAGGCGCUGGGCGAAGAGACAAUGUUCGAGAGCUCGAUGGGUGAAAGCGCAAUGCCUAGUUUCCUGCAGGAUGAGGUGGCACCACCUCAGUUUAUCGACGAGCCUCCCGAACAGACUAAGGUCAAGGAGCCUGCCAGCGGUCUAGGCUAGUAGUGCUUACGGGGAUACAAGAUCAUGGAGUUCAUCAUGGGAGCAUGGGAGUUAGGAUCUUUAAGUAUUCAUCUGUAGAUUGAUUGGGUUUCGGCGUCUAUCUGAA